CAUUUAAAUGUCAUACGGAUAACCUCACUUUGUCAGUCAACAACAUUAAUUAUCAAACAAAAAUGAAACGCAGUUUUAGUAACGAAAUAAAUGAAGAAAAUCAAAACAAUAAAGUUGUUUUGGUGGAACGAAACGUUGAACCUAAUGGAAUUCCACUGGUGAAUGCUUUGCGUGUUUCAAAACAUACAUAUGAAGAAACUAUGCAGUUGUCCGAUGCACAUAACAGCGCUGAAUCUUUCAUUCAGGCUAAUGCACUAAACAAAUUAGAUGUUAUUGGUAAACAGAUGCGUAAUUUACAAAGUUUAAUGGCAAAUGUUAUAUCAGAGAGCAAAUUAAACAAUGAACUCCACAAUGCUGCCUGUAAUUUUGUAAAAAAACCUGGACAAGUCUACCAUCUUUAUGAGAGGCCAUCUGGACAAAAAUAUUUUAGUAUGCUAUCACCACAAGAAUGGGUUAAUACACCACAUCUAUUUAUUGGUAGUUUUCGAUUAGAAGCUGAUCAAAGCUGGACAAAAGCUGGAGAAGAAAAUAAUAAAUAUGAAGGAAUUAAUUUUCUUACCAAUGUAUUAAAAAUACCUCAGAUACAAGCAUUGAUGGAUACUAGUUAAAUUAAUAUUAAUUUGACAAUAAGUUUGUAAAAAUAUUGUUGACUGAUAUAAAUUUUAUUUUAAAGGGUCUUAUUUCCUAACAUGUAUUAAAAUACUAGAAAAAAUUAUAGAUGGAAAAUUAAAUGUUCUGAUAAUGUAUUAUUGUUGUUACAAAAUAAAUCAAUUUUUAUACUUACUGUAUAAAAUAAAAUGUCUAUUUUAAAUGAA